UCAUUAUCUGCAGAUACAAAGGCAUUAGGCACCAAUCGAUCAUGGUACAACGUAACAAGUUCAGAGGAGUUAGACAACGACAGUGGGGCUCAUGGGUCUCAGAAAUUCGUCACCCUUUACUGAAGAGAAGGGUAUGGCUAGGUACAUUUGAGACAGCAGAGGCUGCAGCCAGAGCAUAUGAUCAAGCGGCCAUAUUGAUGAAUGGAAAAAAUGCCAAAACCAAUUUCCCUAUACCAAAGGAUCAAACUGAAGAUGCCAAUUCCCUAACACCAAAUUGUGAUGAUAAUAAUAACUCUUUCCACACUUCAAAUGCUCUUUCUCAUCUCCUUAAACAAAAGCUUACAAAAUGUUGUCAAAAACAAUCUCAAUCACUCACUUGUUUGAGGCUUGAUGCUGAUAAUUCUCACAUAGGAGUCUGGCAAAAAGGAGCAGGAUCACAUUCUGACUCUAAUUGGAUCUUAAGGGUGGAGCUUGGAAAGAAACAUGAAGAUAGUCAUGAAUCAAAUUAUGUGUCAUCAUCAGAAAAAUCAGCACCUAAUAAUAGUACAAUUGUUGGUGAUUGUGCUGAGAAAAAUGGGAUAGAACAUGAAGAGGAUAUUGUUACCAUGCAGAUGAUUGAAGAGCUACUUAAUUGAAACUUCAAGUAACCUUCAGGAGUCUGAUGUUACUUCUAUAAUAUAUAAUAUUAAUAACAUACUAUUGUACUGUAUUAAAGAACUCCUUUUUAGGUUACUCUGAAAUCAAUUUGUCUUCAAAGAACUCCUUUUCACUUACAGUAUGAAACACUUUUGUGGACCA